UCUUGCUCAGAAAUGUCCGAUGCGAAAUUGGCUAGCUAGCCCAACAGAGCAAUAGCGACAGGUCUCGAUCGCGGAGGACUCGUACAGGUCAGCCAUGUUCAGCCGGCUGACCCAAGGAGUGACCUCUGUCCUUCAGGAGCUAUCCGGGGAGGAGCAUCCGGAUGGUGAGCCCCAGGAUGGUCUGGUGCCUCAGCCCCUGUCUGGGCCAGAAGCCUCCUUAGAUGGCCCGAGUCCCUCUGAGGAGGUUCUUGAACGUCUGGCCCAGACAGAGCAGCUAGUUGUGCAGCUGAAGGAGCUGAUUAGAGAGAAGGACGGCCAGCUUGCCAGUGCUGAGAAACAACUCAAGGAUGAAAGGGAACUGGGAGAAGUCAAGUUCACUAAACUGAAGCUGCAGGCAAAGGCCAAGAUGGCUGCUUUAAAUAAACAAAUCACUGAGCUGAAAGGACAGGAGGGAUUGAACACCAGUCAGAGUUCGGAAAGCUCCUUCACAGUGCCUGCAGGAUUGGAGGAAGAGCUCCAACAGCUGAAACAGAAGCUGAGUCAGGAAGAGUUGUCAACACGAAGCCUAAGAGAAGAGCUCGGGGCGGCUGAGCAAUGUCUAAAAGAAAAGGAGGAGUACUACACAGAACAGGUGCAACUUCUUCAGGCUGUGAUCAGGGACAAAGAUGUGCGGUUUCAGGAACAAAUCCUAAAGCAUGAAGAGGAGCUGCUUUGCGUCACUAGCCAGGCUUCAAACAGCGGGGAGCUCCAGCAGGCUCUGCGUAUAUCCGAACAUCGGAUUGAGGAGCUGGAGGAGGCUUUGCACUCUCGCUCACAAGUCCUGGAGAUGUUACAGCAGGAGCUUAAUAGUGCAGACCAGCAGAAACAGAUCUUGACCGCCCAGUUCAGACAGAUGGAGCAGGAGCUCGGAGAAGCCCACAAGUUUGGAGAAGAGAGGCAGCAAGUGGCCAGCCAUGCUGAGGAGCAGCUCAGAACCCUGAGAGCCAGUCUGGAGGCUUCUGAGAAGGAGAGAGAGCAGGCCAUCAGUGCACUAGAAGCAGAGCUUGUUAGGAGGAGCUCUGAACUGGAUGAAGCAAGAGCAAAGCUAGAAGCUGUGACGAGGGAAAAGGGAGAGAGUGCAGAGAGAGGGAAAGAAAUUGAGACCAGCACCGAGGCUGAGCUAACCAGCUUAAGAGCGAGCCUGGAAGCUUCUGAGAAGCACAGAAAGGAGGUGAAGAAGAAGCUGGAGGCUGAGGUCGAAAGUUACAGAGGAGAGCUCCACAAUUUGCAGGAGAAGCUCCAUGCAGUGGAGAAGGAGAAGGACGAAGCAUUGAAGAACAAAAGAGAUGAGUUGGCACAACUGGAGAUGGAGCUCGUUGCCUUUAGAGAAAGCCUGGAUACUGGCAAAGAGGAGCGGGAAGCUGGGCGUCAGGCCAAGCAGGCUCUGGAAAUGUUGUGGAAAGGGCUUCAUUCUCUGACCAAAGGUGAUGAGGGAAGCCAAGGCCACGCGGCCAUCCCCGACGACCUUGCAGAGGUGCUGCCGGUCUUGGAAGCCCAACUAAGAAAUCUGAGAGUGCAUCAGGAGGAGAGGGAAGCAAGCAUGUCUCAGAUUACUUUGACCCUAGAGAUGCUGAAAGGACAACUUGAUCAAAGCACUGCAGAGGGAGAGGAGGCAGUUGCCAGGAUACGGCAACUUGAGCGGCAACUUGGCAAGCUUCAGGUUACGGAUGAGUCACUGGGUGACGAGGAGGCUGACCUGUUUGGGAGGGAUUUGGACAAGGCUAACAAAGCUGAAGGCACAGAUGGACACAGUUCAGAUAACGCAUUGCAUGCUGAGAAGUUACUGGCUCUGGAGCACCAGCUGGCAGAGAAGGAGAAGGAAAUUACUGAUCUCAGGGAAAAGCUAGCAUUUAAUGAGCAGCGCAGCCUCAAAAUGUCAGAAGUAGGAAAUGCAGACUGUGGAAUUACUGAAAAUAUUACUGGCAUAUUUGAAAGUUCUGGAGUGCUCCUUGGUCUUGAAGAUAGUCCUGAGGAAGACAGAACACUCAUUGCAGUAGAGUCUCCUGCUGAACCUACUCCUGUUCUGUCCUGUGCUGACAAUGAGAGUACCUCUGAGAUUACUGAACCACAGCCAGAGUCCCCUGGGGAAUUAAAGGGAGUUUCUUCCGAUGAGAUGGUAACCAGCAGUGACUCUGAAGUUGCCCAUAGUAGCUGGACAAUUUUGGAAGCUGUUAAUGCAGAUGGAGGACAGGAGUGGCCUCCACAAGUUCAAGAUUUUGGUGCUCUGAAGCUUUCCACACAGUCCUGGGAGGAGACUUCUGAAGAUCAGGUUACACCUACAUGCUCUAUGGCUGAGGUACAGUCAUCAACUAUAGUUGUCCGUGAAACGGUACAAGUACAAAUUGCCAAGCAGGAUGCAAACUUGAUGAAUACUGAUUCUAGCUCCGGUCACGCUUUUGCACAGAUCCUGGCAGAGGAGCUCCAGAAAAGAUACAGUGAACUACUGACUGAACUUCAGCAACUGAAGGAUUUGGCUUCUACCUCUCAGGACAAGGUUCACCUACUACAAGAGGAGUUAAUAUCACUGACAGUUGUUAAGGAUGAGACAGAGGAAAGAGCCCAACGGUUUGAAAAAGAUUUGAUGGAAGCUCAAGCAGAGAUUCGACGAGAGACAGAACAUCUGACCUCAGAGAUAAAUAAGCAGAACGAUAUGAAGAAAGUCCUGGAAGAGCAACUAGAGAGCUUUCAGAUAGAGGUUUGCUCCAAAGAUCAGAAGAUUCAAGCCCUACAGACACAACUGGAUGAGGUCCAGAAAAACCUUACUGAGAAAGAAGGUCAAGUCAUGAUGCUGGGUUCCCAGUUAGAGGACAGAGAGCUAGCUACUUCUCAAAUGGAUGAAAGAGCCCAAAGGUUUGACAGAGAUUUGAUGGAAGCUCAGGCAGAGAUUCAACAAAAGACAGAAUAUAUGACCUCAGAGAUAAAUAAGCAGAACGAUAUGAGGAAAGCCCUGGAAGAGCAACUAGAGAGCUUUCAGAUAGAGGUUUGCUCCAAAGAUCAGAAGAUUCAAGCUCUACAGACACAACUGGAUGAGGUCCAGAAAAACCUUACUGAGAAAGAAGGUCAAGUCAGGAUGUUGGGUUCCCAGUUGGAGGACAGAGAACUAGCUACUUCUCAAAUGGAGGAAAAGCUGGAGGCGAGAAUUCAGCAAGUCUCUCAGGAAGCUGACCUGGCUAAAGCUGCUCUCAUUGGCAAGAUUGCUGAGAUAGAGGAUUUGCAACAGUGUCUUUCCCUGAAAGAGCAAGAGAUGGUAGAACUCAGUGACAACAUGACAUCCAAACUGCUGCAAGCAGGUGAGGAAAAGUUUGUUAUAUCUAGUGAAGUAACAAAGCUAAAAGAGAAGAUCUUGGAAAUUGAGAAGAUCAGGGAUGACCAGCAGAAAGUGGAAGAAGAUAAAACAGCUGUCGAAAGUGAGGAGCUUGUCACUCUGCGCAAGGAGAACAAGAGCUUGGCUAGUGAAAUGGAUACCGUUAAAAGGGAUGGAGAACAUGUUAAACGAAAGUUGCAGGCAGCUUUGGUACAGCGAAAGGAGCUGAUGAAAAAGAUUGCCAAACUUGAGAAAGUGUCAGAUGCUACCAAAGAAAAGGGAGAUAUAGAAGCAGACCUGCCUGGUACAGAGAAAGGAGAAGGAGAGCAGGGGCAACAGAACUUUGAAUCACUGUUACAAGAGACCAGAAGGAUCUUGCAUUCCAAAGAAGAAGCUUUGACUGUUCUAGAACAGAAAACACUGAACCAAAACCAAGCACUUUAUGAGGCACAUGCUAAAAUCCAACACCUGACUGAUGAGGCUGAAGCAUGUAGCCAAAAAGAACAACAAAUACGGCAAGUUGAGAACGAUAAUGCUAGACUCCAGUCACAGGUCACCAUCCUAGAAUCUGAUCUUGAAAUGGCACAGAAAAAGCUCCAAGAGGCUGUGGAUUCUCGUAAAGAAACGCUCCGCAAAGCUAAGGACAAAGACAGACACCAUCGUGAGCAGAUGAAGCAACAGAAAGAAGAGUACAGUAACCUGUUAGAACGGUUCAAAGCUGAAGACAAAGAGAAAUCUGACCUAUUAAAACAACUGCGAGAGUUAGAAAGUCUUUUGGAAUCAAAGGAGCAAACUGGUACAGUGAGUCAUCAUGUGGAGGCAGAGGAAGAACCUACAACUGUGUCAGAGAAUCUGGAGAAACCCAUGUUGGGGGAUUGGGUCCAGGAGGACUGGGUGGAUUUUGCUGCACCCGAGGCUGAUGUUAACCAGAAAGAUCAACUUCCUGCUGAGCAACUUCCACAGGUUAAAUCCGAAGAUUACGCAGCUGUGAUAAAUUCCCUUCAGGAGGAGAUAAAAGCUAAACACACUGUUUGUGUGGACCUAGAGGUGCGUCUGCAGGAGAGCCAGGGUGCUCUGUCAGUCAAAGAGACUGAGUUCUUGGAGCUCAGCAAAGAGCUUGAGGCAUUGAGGGCAAAAGAGAGACAGAUAGAUGUCCUUUCAGAAGAACUGAACGCUCUGAGAGAGAAAUGUCAGCAAGCAGAAGCCCAUGCAGAAAUGCUGAGAGCAGAAGUGAAGGAGGCUGCAGCUGUGGCCAGGACCAGCAUCUCUGACGUUGAGUCUCCAGUGGCGGCUCUUCAGGCAGAGGUGGAAGAGUUCAAGCGGUUUCUGAAAACCAAAAAUGAUGAGAUCAUUGACCUCAGCCAGCAACUGAGUGAGCAGAGCACACUUCUGCAGAACAUGCAGGAGACUGUGCUGGAGAAAGAUGACCUGAUUGCUUCCUUACAAGAGAGACUGACAGCUGAGCAAGAAAGGAGUCAGAAGAUGGAGGCAGAGAUCCCACAUUGGCAAGAGGAGGAAAAAGACCAUGUCACCAAGCUUCAGCAGCUACAGCGCAAAUUACAAGCCGCAUUGGUAUCGCGAAAGGAAGCUCUCAAAGAGAACCAGGCUCUAAGGGAUGAGCAGGCUGCGGCUGAGAAGGCAAGAUCAGAGUUGCUAGUAAAGCUCGAGCAUGGCGAGGCAGAGGUUGGUAAACUUAAAGCAGAGAAAGAGAAGUUAAUUAAAGAGGUGGAUCGGAGCUUGCUGGAGAACCAGAGUCUUGGUGCCACCUGUGAGAGCUUGAAGCUUGCUAUGGAUGGACUUCUGAAUGAAAAAGAUUCAUAUCAGCAUCAAGCAGAGAGUGCCAGAGAAGAAGCUGAGCAGGCAAACAGACGGUGGGAAGAAAAAGUUCAAAGCAUGAAGGAUGAAUAUGAGACCCUACUGAAGUCAUACGAAAAUGUGAGCGACGAGGCCGAACGUGUCAGGCGAGUGCUGGAGGCUGCCCGUCAGGAGAGGCAGGAAUUGGCAUCGAAAGCCCGGGGCCAUGAGAUGGCCAAACAGGAGGCAGAGAGGUUAGCUGAGGAAACUCAGAAGGAGGUCAAUGCUAUAAAAGAGAAAAUGAGGAAGUUUGCCAAAGCAAAACAUCAAAAGAUAAUGGAACUAGAGGAGGAGAAUGAGAAGCUCAGAGAACAGAUGGAGAAGAAAGGGACCAAAGAAGUAGAUAACGAGCUGAAACAACUUCAAAACGUUAAAAGAGAACUUGAAACUUUGAGAGCUAGUUUUGAUGUUGUAGAGGCUAAGCGAAGUUCACUGGAACAGGAAACCAGAGAACUGAAGCAGCAGUUGGCUCAGGAAACGGAUAGAAAGAAUAAUACAAAUCUGGAUGUGAGCUCCUCUGAAAUUGUAGUUACGGAGGAAGUGGUUGUUCAGCAGUCAAGCCCUGUUUUGAGUGAAAACCAACAAGAUAUAGCUAAUAAAAGAUGUUUCCAAGAGCAAUCAGAUGGGUCAGUGCUAGGCAUGCUUAAACAAGAAGCUUCCAGUGUGAAAACUAAGACUGAGCUGAUUGAAAGUGCAGACACUGAAACUAAGAAAAAGCUCAAUGAAUUGGAAGUAGCUCUUAAAGAUGCAGAGACCAAGAUAAAGGAACUUCAAGCUGCUCUUGACGAUGAGAAGAGAACCAGAGUUGAACAGGAAUCUUUGCUCAAUGCAGAGUUGGGCAGUGUUAGGCAGCAUCUUCAGGAGUCUGUAGAAAGAGAGAUGAGGUUGAAUGAAAAGUGCUCGACAAUGGAUACUCAGUUUAAGGAGCUUCGCACAAGCCUGGAGGCUGAGAAGGAUGACCUUGAGGAAAGACUGAUGAACCAGUUAGCUCAGGUCAAUGGCAGCAUUGCAGGUUAUCAGCAAGAGACUGCUGAUGGGCGAGCUCGCCUUGCAGACCUACAGCGGGAACUGGAAAAAGUGGAACAGGAGCGAGCUGAGUUGGAGGCUGUGGUAGUAAGCGAAAGGGACCGGGUAUCCAGGCUAGAGGAAGACAAAAGGCAGGCCCAGCGAGAAAGAGCCGAAGCAGAGGCAGAAGCAGGAAAACGGAGAGAGCUGGAGCAGAAGCUGAAAUCCGCACAGAGGGUUAAAGAAGGUAGUCAGAGCCGAGCACGUCAGCUCGAGGAGCUUCUGAGGGAGAAGCAGCUGGAGGUUCGACAGAUGCAAAAAGACUGCAUCCAGUACCAGGAAAGGAUCAGUGAGGUAGAAAGGGAGAAUAAGGCACUCUUGCUGGGUAGAGAUGAGUUAAGCAGUGAGCUUGAGGCAGCGCAUCUGGAGAAUGCAAAGAUCACGGAGCAGGAAAAAAAGCUGGACUCAGAGUUGUCAACAAUUAAAACGAAGCUGGAUAUGGCUGAGGGAGAGGCCAGCAAGGCGCUAGCGGACAAGACGGCUUCUGAAAAGACAGCACAACAGCAUGAGGCUGAGUUAAAGGCAGAAGCUGAAAGGACCCUUGAUGAAGUAAGGUAUCGCUUGGGAGCAGAGCUUAAACAGAUGGAGUUGAGACUGGAGCAGGCCUAUCGGGACAGGGAAAGAGAAGAAGAGGCGACUCUUGAGGCUAGAAACGUUGCAGAGGCUGCAGACAAAUAUGCCCAGGAAAUGCAGGCACGCCUGGAUGAGUCACUGGCAAGGCUGGCUGGCUUUUCACGCUCCAUGUCCUCCCUGCAGAAUGACCGCGAUCGUGUUCUGGAUGAAGCUAAGCAGUGGGAGAAUCGUUUCUAUAGUGCCCUCCAGGGGAAGGAGGUUGAACUGCGGGAGGCUGAGAGUCGAGCUAAGGUCCUAUCUGAGCAACUUCAGACAGAGACCACAAACAAGGAGGAACUUCAGCAUGAACUGGAGAGGUUGCAGAAGGCAGAGGAACAGUUGCAGGUAAAACUGGCAGAGAUGGAGAAGAGGCACAGCGAAAUCCUCAAACCUCUGGAAAAAGAAAGAAAAGAGAUGCAGGAGGCACUGGCUCUGGCAGAAAGCUCUCUGGCCGAGGCACGCUCCCAACUCGCCUCCGUGGAGGUGGAGACGGAAGGACUGCGCCACAGAACCAAGGCUCUAGAAGAGGCAGUGGUCAAGCUUCAGAGUGAAUCUAUCCAAGCCAGGGCUGAAAUUAAAGAAAGGGAAACCGAGGAGAGGAGGCUGUGCUUGAGUCUGGAGCAGCUGGAGACGGACUUGCGGACCUCCAAGACUCUUACGGAGACUCUUCAGGUAGAGUUGUCUGAGAAGGAGAAGAGGGAGGUCGAGCUCCUUGGAGAGAAGGAACAAGCUGUGGCUCAGGCUGCAGAGGAAGCCAGGAAGGAGGCAGAUGGCCGGGCAGAGGAGGCAGAGAGACAGCUGGAGGACAGGAGGGCAGCCAUGCGGGACCUCGACGAGAGACUUUGUAAAGCCGAAGAGGAGGCCAGCUGCAGCAAGGCGCGACUGGACACAUUCACGAAGGCCAUGGGCUCGCUUCAGAAUGAUCGUGACAGGGUACUGGGAGAGUACAAGCAGUUAGAGGAGCGACACCUCCAGGUUAUGAUGGAAAAAGAUGGUCUCAUACAGGAGGCUGCCACUGAGAACAACAGUCUGAAGGAGGAGCUCCGUGCCAUGCUGGCUCAGCGUGACGACCUCCACGCUGAGAACGCCAAGCUGGCGGCACAGCUGCAUGGCUAUAGGGACGAACUGAAACAGGUCCUCACUAUGAAGGACUCGCAGCACAAGCAGCUGCUCUCGGCUCAGUUCGAACGCAUCAGGGUCCUGGAGAAGGAGAGGGUAGAGACCCAGGCCAAGUUUCAGGCACUGGAAAAAGAGGCCCCAGUGCGAAACGUGCCCGCAGUGGAGCACGAGAUCUUGAGCCAGGCCGGGCAGCUCGUGGUCAGGUCAGAGGGGUGCGACGCUCCCGGUGCAGAGGUGGAGAAGUUGAGGGAGCAGCUUCAGGCUGCCAAGAAGCAGAUCAGCAGCCUGGAAGGGAUGCUGGAUUCAGAGAGGGAGUGCCAGGCGGCUCACAACGAGGAGUUGAAGGAGCUCCGCUGGGAAGGUGGCGUGCUGCGGACCGAGGCCGAGACGGCCGAGGAGAGGGUAGCGGAGCUGGCCAAGGACCUGAUGGACAUGGAGCAGAAGCUGCUAGCAGAGAAGGAGGCGGCAGACAAGCUCCGAGCUCAGAACCAGGCCUUUGGGAAGGCCAUGGCCUCUCUGCAGGAUUCAAGAGACCAGGCCAUCAAUGAGGCCAAGGAGCUGCAAUCCCAGCUGGAAGAGUCUCGUCGGGUAGGACAUCAGGCAGCGCCCCCUAGCAGUUCCACUGGUGAAGUGUGGAGCCUGAAGAACGCACUCUCUGCACUCCAGAAUGACAGGGAGAGACUGUUGGAGCAGCUGCAGUUACAGCGCAGUGAGCUGGACAUACUUGGAUCCGGAGAGCUGAGUAGACUCACCCAGGCCCUGCAGGAAGAGCGGCAGAAGUCCAGGGAGAGAGAGCAGACUAUGGCGGAGCAGCUGAAGGAGAGAGGUGACCAGACUGAGAGAGACCGGCAGGAGCUGGAGAUGCUCAGGCAGGAACGUGGUAACUGGCAUGCCCAGGUGGAGCUCCUGAAACAGCAGACCCUGGCUACACUGUCAGAGCGCGAGCAACAGGUGCAGCAGCUGCGUGCCCUGCUUGAGGAGGCACGGGCACCCAGGUCGAAACUCCACGAGGAGCAAGCGUACAGGCAGGGAAGUAUCGGAGUGGACAGUGCUCCCGGAGGUCCUCUGGAGCACAGCGAGGACUAUAAGAGUGACUGCAUUCGUCUCCAGAGAAGGUUGGAUGAGGAGACGGAGCUGAGGCUGAGAGUGGAGGAGGAGCUCUCCGCGGCAGAAGAUGACCUCAAACGGUACACACAGGCUGAGUGGUCCUCAGGACUGAGGAGGACGGACUCCGAGAGGGCUGUCCUCAUUGAGCCACCAGAGGGCGCUGUUACUCGGAGCCGGAGUGGAGCCCCUGGUCUGGCGCGGGUGAUACGGGCUGCGCUGUGUUCCCGCCAACGCACUCCUCUGCUGGUGGCCCUCUACCUGUUCACCAUACAUGCGUUGCUGCUUCUGUGUUUGGGAGGCUACCUGUAAAAGAAAAACACAGAGAGAGUGUACUGGAGACCAAACGAACCCAACAGCUGUCAGGGAGGGGGAGAAAGAGAGAGAGAGAGAGAGAGAGAGAGAGUGUGUGUGUGUGUGUGUGUGUGUGUGUGUGUGUGUGUGUGUGUGUGUGUGUGUGUGUGUGUGUGUGUGUGUGUGUGUGUAACAAACAGUAUCUUACAAUCAUAGACAGUUACUGACCUUUUUAUUAUAUUUUACUUUUUUUUUUUUUAAUUUUUUUUUUUUUUUUAACUUUUUAUAUGAUUCAAUUUCUUAGCUAAUUUGCCAAAGCCAGUCUUUGUUUAGGCAAGAAUAGUCACUGACAAUAUCAGCUGUGCCCAGCUUGGUUAAAAACGGUUACAUCCUGCUGCGCUUAUUCUUGCCAUUAAAGGAUCGCUAGCCACUGGGGAAGAGCCGCCUAACUUUACCAUUUUUUAAUGAGGGAAUGUGAAGUACUGCAGUUCGGUUUGGUGGUGCAGAGUAAACGCAUUUAAACUGGAUUCGCACACGUUCUUUUCUGUCCUAGUUAGGGAGCACAGUUUCUCCAUCUCUUCCUGUCCACUCGGUUCUCUCUGUGUUUUCUCUUGCACUACUAGGAAUUGGUGCGAAAGAGGUUUCAACUACAUUCCAUCUGACUACCAGCUGUUGUCUCUUUUUUUCCUCCUAUUCUCUAUUUAUUUCUGUAUCUCAAAGCAACCACAUGAACUCGUAAGCAGUUACAGCAUUGGGAUCAGGACGGUCGGAACUCUGUGAUUCUGUAUUGAUUGUUUUUACAGCAAACUCAUUUGCCAACCUGGUGCAAUACUACCAUAGUUUAAAUACACAUGUAGGUCCUUCUCGGUUUUAUUUGUCAUAACGCUUUGUGUAGCCUAACUAUACAAACCAUGCACAUUCCAUAAAUUAGGGUUUUGUUCGGUUUACAUUAUUAUAUUAUGAAAAUCAACUUUUAAAUCAGAUCUGUGAUUUAUUAUUUUAUUUUUUUUAAAUUUGCAGACACUAAUUUCAUUUCCUUUGUUUCCGUAAAUAGGGUUAAUAUAACUAAAAUUAUUUCCAUAGUCCAUAGUGAGAUGGUUGACAUUUUAAACAACCCCUUUCUGCUUCCACUACUGUCUACUGGGUUGGGCCGAGCCUCAGCCUGUAUGUCGUGUUGCUAAUAUUGUACUGGGAUUGGAUGUAGUGGUGAUGUUAACUCUAUUUACGGAGAUAUUUUUAAAGCACAGUUCUGUAUGGGUUCCUUAUUAUACCUGUGUAAUUAUAAAUUACCCUCUCUUCUGUGCUUAUUUGUAGGGGAUAUUUUUGGAAAUAAAGUUUAUUUAAGGGACGACAAA